AGUUAACUUUCUUGAGAAAAUGAUUAUUUUGUGUGUUAUUUCUAAGCCAAAGAAACACAGUCAUUAACACUAGAAUUGUAUCAUAAAAAUGAUACAAUUUAUGUUGUUAAGCCUGGAUAAUGAGCGUGGGAGGCCAGUUCUGGAGAGGCAUAAAAGAUUGCCAGAUCACGUCUAAAGAGCUGUAUCUUUUACUUGGAGAGAAUUGCCAGAGACGCGGGAUCGUUACAACACGGUGGUAGUUGUGUUCAUAAUUGGCUUUGGGAAUUCAGUGUUUAAAUUAGUGACUCAGACUGGAGUUACUGGGACUUUUUGCUGUGCCUCUCGCAAUCGAUGCCCUGGCUAAGGAGAACGGUUAGCCUGUAAAUUGAAGCCUAACUCAACUGAAAGUGUACCUUUCUGAUUCCUGAUUUUGGAUUAUAAAAUAUUAUUGUCAAGUCUCCGUCUGUGAAAAUAGAAUUUGCGUUUUCAUCUACUUUUCGGAGCCCCCACCUCCCCACCUGGAUCCACCAUGUUUAUAUUGCAUAACCACUGUGAAAAAAACCCUGUUUAUUAGGAAAUGUACUCGGGGUAGUACAAAAAAACAUACUGUAUUUUACACAACAGGUGACAAUAUGAAAUAUCAUUUGAUAGUUUACAUAACACUUAUAUAACACUAUAAAUAACUGGUAAUGCUUUAAAGUAUUUUACUGUGUCAAGCUAAAAAAACAUUUUUUGCAAAUUCAUGAGCACCUGCAUGUGAUACAGCUGCUGAAUAGCAAUUAUAGCCUGAUAUGGGGUUUCCUUUUCUUUUACACAGACAUUCAGCUGGUAACCACUGAGUUGGGGAAGGAUGUUUCUCUGCACUGCACUAAUCGAACAUGGAGUGAAAUCAUAUUUGAAACAUGGAAGAUAAGGAAGACAAAUGGAGCUGAGUGUCAAAUUGCUGUUAGGUUUGAUCAGACUGAUACAAACAGCACUUGUGAAGACAGAAUAACAAUUCAGAGUACAAGUGAAAACAGACCAUUUCUUCAUGUAUCACAUUUUAAUAAUGCUGAUGAAGGGAAUUAUACAUGUGAGUCGGCUUACAAUGGUGGAAUGGACACAGUGCAGUUUAAUGUAUCCAUUAUUGAUAAUGGAACUGAGCCUCCUGCAGAGUCAGGUUCAGGAUUGGUUACCAUUCUUUUAGCAAUAUUGGCUUUUAUAAUAAUUAUACUUAUUACUUCUUUCUUUUUCAAGAGAAUACUUUUAGUUGUACUCAGAAGCUGCUGUAAGUCAGCCAUUCCUGCAACAAUAUCAUCCAACAAACAGGAGUGUGAAGAAUUUGAACCAUAUGAAAUCUAUGUGGAAAAGAUGAACUACAUCUACAGCUGAUCAGAAGAUGUGUGUGAAAUGGAAUAACCUAAACUACAGCAGUUAAACAAAAACUUGACCUUGGAUUUUUAUUCACAAGUAACAAAUGAUAUUCUCCUUGAAGUAACAAAAACUCAUAUUAUAAUUUCCCCCCUGAUUUUCUCCCAAUUUGGAAUGCCCAAUCGCUUUUUCCAUCACCGCAGCAAUUCCCCACAUGGCUCAGGAAAACUAAGGGUUCAGUGGGCGUCCUCUGAUAUCACGACCAAUCAAACUUCCUUUUUCACUCAAGAGUGGAUGUCAGAGAACUACCGACCUCUGGAGGACAAAGGCCAACCCUGCAGGUGUCUGCCUUUGAGUUCACUGGGUGCCUGGCCAGCAGGGUUUGCUGUAGCGCAAUGAGGAGAAACAUUCCCUGCCGGUUUUGCCUGCCUAACCCAUGCGAGCGCCAGUGCCAAUGCAACACUCUCUUCUGAGUCUCCAGCAAAGACCGGCCUACUUUACACAGCCAGAACGUGGACCUGCUCUGUAUGACUCACCCUGCGCACCAUGUGCCUGCACUUCUACCAGGUGAGCCACUCGGGGACCCAUAACAAAAUGACUUGAUCUUACUGUAUAUAUGUAAAAGAAAAAUGAAAAAAAAUAUGGAAUAAUGCCCUCUCGACUGAUCAAGCUCCUCGACUGCAAAGAGUGGGGACCUGUUCAAUGCAGCUCCUUUGUUCCCAAAUUUUUACUAAAAGAUGUGACUGUCCAUUAUAGACAGAAGUGUGUGUAUAUGUAAAGUUUAUUGGUGCAGUUUCAUUAUUAUUGUGAAUGUGUAUGUAUCCACAGUAUCUAAACAUUAGCAAAUGUUGUUUUUUUAAUGUAGUGUUUUGAAUGAUAAUUGGCAUGUAAUACAUCAAUGUUGAUAACAAAGCAAACAGGAACUACACACACCGCAAGUGAGCAGGGCACAAGAAACACAGGCUUGUUUCCAUGAGCAUCACCUCAAACUCAACCAGAUUGGACUACUGGAACUCCCUCCUUGCUGGUUUCCCUGCAUUGGCUAUGUGCCCCCUUCAGCUCAUUCAUAAUUCUGCUGCUCGUCUUGUAUUCUCCCAAUCCCAGCCUCGCUGCUCUCAUGCUACCUCUCUGCUUCACACCCUACACUGGAUCACCUAUCUCUGCUCACAUAAUAAUAAUAAUAAUAAUAAUAAUAAUAAUAAUAAUAAUAAUAAAGUGCUGCAGCAUUAAACAUCAAAGCGUCUCGUGUGUAACAGCUGAGACCUGAACACACAGGUCACACUUUAUAUUAGGAAUGGGUUUGGGUAUGAGACUGUUGUUUUAUUAUUUUGGUUUCCUGUUAGCUCAUGCAAUUGUGGCCUCCUAAAGAGAUAUUAUUUUUAGAGACAUGUGAGAGACUUGCACAGGUCUCAAGAAACUCUAGAUCAAUACUGUAGUAAUGGUAUGGUCACAUUAAAUAAAAAUAAGCUCCCUAUAAAACAGAUUUGUGAGUGGAUUAGGAGUUGCACUUAACAUAUAACGAUAUGGGUAAGUGAGAAUUCUACGUUGUGGAAGAACUAGGACCCACAUAUCCAUAUAAAUGCUUUAAAAUCCUUACAUGACCCGGUUUCACAAAAAUAUUUUGGUCACUCUGGAAUCUGUUUUUCUUGCCCAAACUGUAUAUAAAAUAAUAUAAUUAUUGAUCAGUUAAUGCAGGUUUAAAUGUUGGCUACAAGAAAUAUGAUGACUGGGUUCUCCACCUAUAAAACACAUACAUUGAAGGAAAGUUUUUUUUAAUGGUGAUGAUCUGCUCUAUAUCUAUCAUAACUCAAUAAUAUAAUUUGAGAAUUAAUGUAGGUCUUAAGUACAUUUCAAACUAUGAAAAUGAAGAAAAUAUGAAAAUAGGAAAAAAAUUGUUUAAAGGAUUUCAUAGACAGGUGAGUUUUUUUUCCAAAGAGAGAGGUUGUGGAUGUCAU